AUGUCAUGUUUCCCGUGGGUGCGAUCAGUGGGCGGCGUGCAUUGGGCCCAGCUGCCCUCCGCUAUUUGGGCCCUGCGCUCCGCGGGCGUUCGUCAGGCUGUAAGGGGGCGGGUUGCGCCCUCGGGAUCGCGCCAUGGUAAGCGGAUUCAAGCGCAUUAUCAACGUUUGGCUCCUCCCUGCCCGCAGGCGUUCCUCAUGGGGCUGGCGCUCGUCAGUGCAAAUGAGCUGAGCAUCGAUGUGCACUUCGGCGGCGGGGGCGGCCGCAAGAUGCUGCAGACCUCGACGGGCUGCCUGACGGCCGACAACAGCUGCCUGUUCACGGCCUUCGGCAUCAGCGUGGGGUUGGAUGAGGAGGUCGUGGAGGAGGGGGGGGUGACGCUGUCCACCACCUAUUCCACCACCGGCUGGGCUACGCUGCUGCCCGGAGAGACCUUGGAGCUGUGCGUGGAAGCCAACAACACGAACCCCUCCGUCUGGCUCUACGCCAAGGACCUGUCCAGCGAGGGCGCUUUCUGCCCGCCCACGGAGGGCGACGACAUGCCGGAUGGCUACGUGGACAGCAUGAAGUUCUGCCUCCACGGCGAGGAGCCGCACACCGUGAUCAGGGACACCAACCUGGCGCAACCGUACAGGGACGACGAUACCGGCGUCGUGAGCGCCACGUGCGCCGGACUGGGGUCUUGCUACGGCGAGGCCACCUUCUACGAGCUCGACCUGCCCAGCAAGUGGAGCCUGCCGUGCCUCAGGGACUAG